AUGGUGCUUGUGCGUGCAGCGGAUCCGGACAGACUGUUGGGCUGGGUCACUGAGGUCUUGCCGUACGGCCUGCGACUUGCACGCUUCUUCCCAAAGGGUGAGAAUUGCGAGUUGAAGGAGGCUGAGUUCGCUUUCGUCGCAGCAGCCCAUGAGGUACGCAUGGAUGUCCAGCAAGCCAUCCGGAAGUUGCAGCCCCAGUUGCAGACUGAGUCGGAGGUAACUUGGGUCACCUUCCAGGUAGAAAGCAAGCCCGGGCUUCGAGAGGCAGAGGGUGCAGGACGAGCCAAAUCCGUGUUCUUGGCCACGUGUCCCAGCACGGAGGAGAGCGAAGAACCGGUCUCUGUGCAAUCAGCACAAGCUCCUAAAGUUCCUAAAGUAUGCUCCGUCAUGAUACCCGCGGUAGCCCAGUGGCAGCGCCUUGUCCGAGCUCAGCCUCAGAAGAUGGAUGAUGCUUUCAGGAAACUGGCGCACAGAACACAACAAGCGCUAGCAGUUCCGAACGCCGACGAACUUGCACAGGCCGUUGUUCAAAUCAGUGCCGGAAUCUGCGCGACGGAGAUGUCUUGCAGCCAAUUGGUCGCAGAUGGUGUGCCACGCUCUGCGGAGCAGGACGGCCUCCGGCAUCUGCGGCCUUGGGUGGAAAAGUUGGUCUGCUUAGCCAACCUGGGCCUGUCCGGGUUGAUGAAAGAUGACCGGUACCGAGGGAGGCAGAACCCAUGCUUUCUGCCAGCCUUGCUGCUGUGCCGACAGCUCGUGUGGCAGCGCAGGAAGCCGUUACCUCGGUCUUGGUUGGAGCUCCAGAAAUGGGUGAACUUGGGACUGCGGCAACCACAGUCGAAGCCUUGGGCCUGCAGCGCGGAUGGCUGUGACGCACUGGCAGCCGGGCGCGUUGAGCAUGCGGACAACUUCGGCCCCGCUGGCUGGAGGUGUGUAAAACAUGGCGCCAGACGGUGUAACGUCGAGUCAUGCAAGCGCUUUGCCAGAGCCCUUGUCCGACUUCAAGACAGCAAUGGCGUGCUGACGAACAUGGGCCAACAGGCUAUCGCUGCCAGCUGCAUGGAGGGGGGUGCAGCGUGCCUGGAUGCAGAAAACAUGCUUGGGGACGUGUUGAAGAGACAGACGGCCACGGGGCAGCUGGGAGAAGAUGCUGGCAGCAUGGAGGAAAGGAUAUGGGACGAGUUAUCCAGAGGUGGAGUGUGUGGCUUCUCGCCGCUUCACUUCGCUGCAUUUGCCGGCAAGGCAAAGUCCUGCCAAGCGCUGAUCGACUUGGGUGUAAACGUCAACGCGAAGACCCAGCCGCUCUGUGUCACGCCGUCGCAGCAGUUCUGUCGACCUACGCCUCUGGACCUGACCAUCUUCAUCCCUAGCAAGCGUUCCAGGGAGCAAGUUCAAAGAGUGCUGCAAGCAGCGGAUGCAUCGUACGGUGGUGUUAAGAUGGAGAGUCUCGACAAACUUUGGCAGGGGCUUAUGAAGCAUCAGCUCCUGCUGAUCAAGGACGAAGUGCUGAAGUACACGAAAAAAAUCCCUGCAGCUUUGCGGCGAAUCCUGCGCACCGAACCACGCUGGAGGGAGCUGGUGAACUUCCCAGGAGAAGAUGCCGCUACCAUGGAGCGGAAGCGCUUGAGAAAAGCUUUUGUCGUUUGGAGGUGCAAGCUCACUUGGGUGCUGAUCGGUGAUGCCACGAUGAUUCUUAAGGAGCGCUGUGCAGUGCUUGCCUGGAACUGCUUCCUUUUUGUGGCAAGCUGGUGGCUCUUCAGCUUCCACUUGUUCGAGCUUCUCCAGGCCCUCCUUGUGGCCAUUGUGCUCAUGAUGGUCUCCAGCUUGGUGCGUGGCACGGAUCCUCAAACAGUGUGGGCGCGGUUGCCAUCCCAGGAAGAUUUGAAGAGCUGGCUACCACCUGAAGAUCAAUUCGAACUACACCUCCAGAAGGCCUGGGCACGCCUCUGCGGUUGCCUUUCCCUGGUGGAGGCUGCCCUCGACCAGGCGCCUUCUGAAGCAGAGAAGCUGCGUGAGGCUGGACUCUUUGCCUACCUGACUGCUGCGAGAGAUCGCUACGAUACGUGGCGUAGCCUCGACGCAGAGGAGAAGGAGGAGCCAGAAGAGCAGGAGGAGGAUCAUGCCAGCGAUUCUCGGCGGAAGAAAUCCGCGGCCAUUGCUAACAAGAUCCGGGGAUUGAAAGCAGAGCGUGAAGGUGCAGCAACCAGCGCGGCCGCUGCAAGCUCUGCCAACCAAGCCACUGGAUUCUUCGGGACGUGGCUGACGUCAGUGGAGAAGUGGGGCCAGGACGUGUGGACUGGUCUUUGGGCGAACCAUGCACCCGGUGCGGGCGGUUUGAUCGAGGACAGCUUCAUGGGCCUUUUGUCGGCAGUUUCCCUGUUCUCACUUUUCCAGAUGGCUUUCCUCAAGAGGAAGUCGAAUUCCUUCAGUGGCUUGAUGCACACUGCGACCGGUGCCAUGCAGAUUGGCGUGGUUCUCUAUGCGAUAGUCGAGGAGCGAUGCCUCCGAGAGUCGCCAGGGGUGCUAUGGGCCAUCUCCACGUGGAUCAUUUUCAUGGUAAACAACAUCACCAUGUGGCCGUUGCUCAAGUAUUUCCGCGGGCCUGAGGUGCAGCGCGUGCUGUUUAAGCUCGCAUAUUCCUUCAUCAUCUCUUUCCAAGGCAUCCAUGCGAUAGCCUGGUCGUAUCAGUACCCAUGGCUGUACUGGGUU